AUGUUCUUAGUAGGUGCCUCAGUUGAACAAGUACUAGACAUUGACGUAUGCAUAAAAAUCGAAAACACAACUGGUGAGGCACCAAAACUGUAUGGGCGACACUUCAACCAUGAAGACACUUUAGUCAGUAGGAUUUCUCGCGAUUCGAUUGAUGCAUGUAAAACGUACUUCCGCGACGAUCUUAGUCGCGCUGAUUGGCAACUAGUGGUUGAACUCAAACGUCUUUUAGACAUACACUAA